CCUGCAUCAAGACAACAACAAUCAAUCAUUUUGCUUCUCUGAAAAAAAAAAAAUCAAUUUUUAUAUAAUAUAUAAUCGUCUUGUUUGACUUGCUCCGCCUCCAUCACCUUCUCCUCUCCGUAUAUUUUUUCUUGGAGCUUCGUGGCCUCAUAUUACUCUUAUCUUCCCAAACUGAAUUUCCAUGCUUACUGUAUCUUUCUUCCCCGGAAAAUGGGUGAGAAAAUGGGCCAGAAGCAUCCAUUAUGCUCUUACUCUCAUCGUCUUCCUUUUCCUUGACCUCCUCGACACUAUUCUUUGUGUGGUGUGCCAUUACCUUGAUGAGUUCUUUGAAGGGAAAACCUCUCCUUGUUACUGUGCAGGAGAGGGACAGCAAGGAAACAAUGUGAUUGGCGUUUUGGGUAUUGAUGGAGAGAUUCAGGUGUCAGAGAGUUUGUAUAGAAGGAAGAAUCCUUUCAGGGAAACGGGUUUUCUUGGUUUUCCGAGACAAUUUUUGGAUUCCAAGAAAAAAGGAAUUUGUGAUGGUGCGGUGAUGAACAGGUGGUCUGAUUGUGGGUGUGAAUCUUGUGUUUCUUGGAUAAACUGUAGGGAUCACAAGCUCCAUGUUGAGGUUAGAGAGACCUCUUCUCAAGGGCGGAUUGAGGAAAAUUGUAAAGAAAAACCAACAGAAAAUGUGAUUUUCAUUCAUGGAUUCCUUUCUUCUUCCUCAUUUUGGACAGAAAGUGUGUUGCAACACCUGUCUGAAUUUAAAAAGGGGAAGUACAAGUUGUUCUCUGUUGAUCUUUUGGGGUUUGGAAGAAGCCCAAAGCCAAGGGAGUGUUUUUAUACUUUGAGAGAUCAUGUAGAGAUGAUUGAGAAAUCAGUGAUUCUCCCUUUUAAUAUCAAUCAUUUUCACUUGGUUGCUCACUCCAUGGGCUGUAUCAUUGCACUGGCCUUGGCUGCAAAGUAUCCCAAAUAUGCCAGAUCACUUACUCUCGUAUCUCCUCCCAUCUUCCCUUCAUCAAAAGAUGGAGCAAGUUUAGCAGCUUUAGAAAAGCUUGCUGAGAAGAAGUUAUGGCCACCAUUAGCCUUUGGUUCAUCAGUUAUGUCAUGGUAUGAACAUAUUGGUCGGUGUAUCUGCUUUCUCGUUUGUCGAAACCACAGGACCUGGGAGAGGAUUCUGAAGCUACUUACCCCCAAUAGGCAUCUGCAUUUCAUGAUUAUGGACUUGACCAGGCAUACCCAUCACUCAGCUUGGCACAGCAUGCAUAAUGUGAUAUGUGGAGGAGCCAAAUUUACAGAUGGGUAUCUGGCAAUGUUGAUAAAAUAUGGGGUUAAAAUUUGCGUAGUUCAAGGUGAUGAAGACCCUGUUGUGCCCUCAGAGUGUUGGAAUUACAUCAAGAAGAAAUAUCCAGAUGUGGAGGUCAAUAUGGUUGCAAAAGCUGACCAUACAAGUGUGGUGUUUGGUAGGGAGAAGGAUUUAAUUCAGAAUCUGGAUAAGUUGUGGAUAAAAUCUGCAGCAGAUACCACAAGGACAUAAUCUCUGGAAGUUUGGGACCUUCUUCUGAUUUCUUUGAUUGCCUUGCUACUUUUUCUUCUACCGGUAAGAACUAUAAUUGUGCAAGUAAGAUUGAAAAUUUAAUUCCUCUCUGAUUAUAUGAUUAAAUGUGGAUGGAGCAAACAUUACAAUUGAUUUGUAAAUGAAAUUUUCUUGUAAACAUUGUGAAUGAAAUAGUUUUAUCAAACAUAGCCAAACCCA